CGCCUCCUGCCGAGCCUUUCAGCGCGGGCGGUGGGAGAGGCCGGAGGGCACGGGCGUGCGGGGCGCGGGGGCGCUGGACUGCGGGCGCCCGGCGCAGGGGCGCGGCAGGGAGCGCUCGCAGGGGCGCGCGGUGAAGCCGGGCCCGGGGAGAAGCGCGCGGCGCGCAGCAUGGGCUGCGGACCUUCCCAGCCUGCUGAAGAGGCGAGACGCGUCCCAGCGCCCAAGAAGGGUUGGGAAGAGGGAGUCAAGGCUGAUGUCGCUGUGGCUCAUUCCGGGGAGGAUGGCAGACCCCAAAUUGAAGCUGCGCUGCCCAAGGAAACUGUGGGCAGCCCUAAAGGCCUGGAAAAACAGGCCCAGUUGGGAAGCUUACCCGGAACCAUUCUAGAAAGUUCUCUGUCUCCUAGUGAAAGAAACAGAAGAGUAAAUUCAGCCCUAGUGACCAAUGGAUUAAUCCACAGACCCCAACCCCUAGAGAGUGGAGAGCGACAAAAGUCGUCAGACAUCCUGGAGGAAUUAAUUGUUCAAGGAAUAAUACAAAGCCACAGCAGAGUGUUUAGAAACGGAGAAUCCUAUGAUGUCAUGGUGAACGCAACUGAGAAGUCGCUGAGAAAGCCCCCAGCCAGGCUGGAAAAACUCGAGAUCAAAAAGGAAGUAAAAGAUUUCCCAGUGAAGGACAUGGAAGAGAAGAUGCCAGUGGUGGAGGAGUGCAGGAAGACUAAAGAAGAAGAAUUAAGGAAAAGGCUACGGAGUGACCGACUUUUGCCCCCAGCCAGUCAUUCAGCUUCAGCUGAAUCGGGUAGGGCCAAGGUUCCAUUUACCAAACAGCUUACCCCUGGGAGUUCUGCUGUGUUUGAACCAUCUGACCUGCAAGAAGGAAAGCCACUGAAGAGGAAGAAGAGUAAGAGUGAUGCAAGCUCAAGUGAUAGAAACUACGAUUAUGAAGGGAUUGGGGUCGUGGAGUCAGACAUGUCCUACAACCAAGCGGAUGACGUAUUCUAAUGAGCUAUCUUAUAUGAGUUUCGUGAACAGGCAUCCAUUCUCCCCAGUUGUGACAUUUGUAGUGUGUCUCAUGUUUUUCUUUGACUGCCUGAGCUCACCCCACUGAGUUUAGGAGUGAUUGUGUGAGCUCCAUGGGUGGGAGGUUAGUUGAGUAAAUUAAAUGGCUGUGCUAGCUAAAAAAGGGAAGAUUUGACUGGUUUCGCUAUUAUAUAGUUGGCAUUCUCCUCGAGUGUGGCUUCAAAUAUUGUGAAGAUGUCUAUAAUUUGUGAGUCCUUCCAGCUUACAUUAAUGUGUUUGUGCCAAAUGAAAUCCUUCUUUUUCGUUCCUGCCUCUUCCCUAUGUCCACCCUCUGAGGGUGCUUUAAGACAAAAAUGUAUGGAUUUGUAUUAAGUAUUUUAAUGAUCUGUUUGCUUCUUAUGCUGUAUGUUUUUUUUUAAUUAUUCUCUUUGUAUUGUGAAGGAUCAAAGCAAUAUCUGGAAGCUGGUUGAAUUAUAUAUUAUAUAUAUAGGUUAAGGAAGCAAUAUCCAAUUCACAGAAUUAAGUAGAAUAUGGAGUUUUCUUCAUAUGAAAAGAGAAAAGCUUCUGUUGGGGCUCGGGGAGGGAGGAGGUGUGGGGGGUGGGGAAGCUGAGAGGAAGCCUUAACAGAAGCGCCUGCCUUCCCUGCGGGCACUAAUUGAGGAGUUUGCUGGCCCUCCUCUUGGUGGAAUUAUACUUUGCUUCUUCUCUCUCCCUCACCACCCACAUCCAAUCAACUAUCAAGUCCUAUAAGCGUACAUUCUAAGGCUCUCUUGUAUCCAUUUUCAUACUUCUCCCCUGUCGCUGUCUAGUUUAGACCAUUCUACCAUCUUUCAACUUACAGUAAUCUUCUCCAUAUUUAUACAAUAGUCAGUCUUCUGCUUAAAACUCUUUCUUGGCCCCAACUUAUGGUCAAGAUAAAGUCCGGACUCCUUUUUGUGACUGGAAAGGAUCUCAGCUUUCACAAUUCACUCAUGCUGAGCUUCCAGUUCCUCAAACUUGGCACACUUUUCCUAGCCUCUGGGUCUUUGCACAUGCUCUUCCCUCCUUCCUCUCUCCCCUUUUCGUGACUUUACUUGACUAAUGCCUUCUUGUUUAUGUCUGCACUCAGACACUACUUCCUCCAAGCCUCCUGGUCUGGGCUGGUGCUCCUCUCUCAUAGUUGCCUUUUGGCCCUGCACUGCUGCUCAUCUUUGUGCUUACCCCCUUCUGUAGGAAUUGCUUGAAACAUUUCCGUUUUCACCACUAGAUAUUUCAGUUCUGACAGGUCAGAGGACGGGUCUGUCUUGAGCAUGGGUGUACCUCAGUCAAAGUACCUUGGAAAGUGAAUGGCUCAUAAUAAGUGCUGUGUAACUAUUUCUUUCAUGGCUGUAUCAAUAUACUCGUACAUCUUCCAGAAGUAGGAGGACAGCCCCAGGAGAUGGUUUGUUUUCCUGGGAACCAGUGGCUGGGAGUGGUGAUGAUUUGAGUUGCGGACCACUCGGCACCUCCUGUUUACACAUCCCCUUCGGGAUGUUGCAAAUGGCGGCUUGUGUUCCUAUAGCCUGUAGGACUGAGGACUCCUGCAACCAGUGAGGUACGGUGGUGGUGGUGGAGGGGGACUUUUUCAAAACUCAUUCCAGAACCCAAACCUGUAAGAAUCAGAGUCUACUGCUUACAGCGUGACCUAGAAAGUCCUGCAGUCUCUCUGUGUCUGCAUUACCUUAUAUGUCAAUUUGGGACAGCGACCUUCACGCAGUUGUACCAAAUGAAAUAAUGCAUUUAAAAGUACUGUGUAAACUAGAAUACACUCUAAUAUUUAUAGAAUAUUAUUUCUGUAAAAUCCCAUGUGAGCAGCAUGCUGUUUUCAUCUGUCCCUGUGAGGAUAAGCUUGUGGUAGCACGUGCCAAUCUUAUAAAAUAUUCGAGUACCUAAAUUGAUUGUAUUAGGACAUUUAGGAAGGGAUUGGGGUGUCAUUCAGAUCUCGACAAAUAAAAUUUAAGUACCUAAAAAUACAUUCAAUGCAAAUUUAUAGUAUCUUGUAAGUUAAAUCCUCAAAUUUGCUAAAUACCCAAAUAAUCUUUUCUCUUGAAAUCUUAUGCUCUUGCCUAUGCUGUAUGGCGGCUAACUCUGUAGAGUUAGAAUAUAUACAGUAUAGAUGUGAACAUUAUCAUUGAUACCCUGGCUUGAAAACCUCUCUGCAUAUAUAGAGUUAAACAUGCCAAGGACUAACGCCCUCUAAAUGACAAGCUGUGUAUUUUCUUUCUUUUUUUUUUUUAUUGCGGUAACACUGGUUUAUAACAUUAUAUAAAUUUCAGGUGUGCAUCAUUAUAUUCUGAUUUCUGUGUAGAUUACAGCAUGUUCACUACCCAAAGACUAAUUGCCGUCCAUCACCACACGUGUACCUAGUCACCUCUUUCCCCCUCCCCCCUCCCCCCUUCCCCUAUGGUAACCACCAACCCAAUCAGUUUCUGUGGUUGUAGCUGUGUAUUUUCUUAGUGAGACCAUCCACUUUCGCAGGAUGAGAAGAGAAAAGAUGAAAAUGUGGCCCACCUAGAUACCCGGAACUGCUCUAAAACUCUAGAUUACUGCUCACAAAACUAUCUAAGGGUUUAGGGAUGAGGAAACGGAGGCUCAGAGACUCCAGGCACAUCCCACCUUCUCAGAGCCGCCAGCUUCACCCGCGAUAGAGCAUGGGUUUGAACCUGCUCUGCCUCCAGUGUUGACCCCUUCCCUGAAACACUUUUUUUUUUUUUAACUUCAAAUAUAAAUGCGACUUUUUUCCAUGAUCAUCUUUCCUUUUUUUUUUUUUUUAGGAUAGAUUAUACUGAAGAGUAAUGGAAAAGAAAGAUUGAGAUUUCUAAAAUAGAGCCUCUGGGAUCAUGUUAAUUUUAUGUAUUGAAAUAACAUAAUUGGUUUGUCCAUUCUUAAAACAUAAAAGUUUUGAACAACCACCAGGGUAUUUGAACUAAAAUCAAAUCACAACCUUCAGGAAGUUAUGAACCAGGAAGACAAGAUUAAGUAAACAUCUCUAUAAUCAUUUUAAUUGGGGUCAACUUAAAAAUGUCUGUACACAUUUCUUGUGAAAGAUGACCUUUCUCUGUCUAAAGAUACUUUGACAUCUAGUAAAUUGUCUAGUUUUUUGGGGGGAAAAACAUUAUGGAUAACAUACUUAAAAUGCUAUUUAAAAGGUGUAUUUUUAAAUAUUUCACAUAUAUUUAAAGUAAUACACGUAAGAUUCUUAUGUCAGUAAAAGUAAUUUUGUAUCGGGGGACAAAAAUAGAAUUUAUCAGAGUGUUGCUAUAGCGACUACCAGUAAUUUCUGACUGUGCUUAUUUCUGUGUUUGUUAUUCCAUUAUCAGUAAAUAGCUGGUAUUUAAAGGAGUAAUUAUAUGGUAAAUACUGCAUUCUAAAGAUGUGCAAUGCUACGGCGUGUCAGUGGAUAGAUCACUUUGGUGCCCAUAUAACCUGUGUACAUAGUGCCUUCUUGUAAGACGGUAGAAUUUACGUCUCGGGCAGGUCAAUAAAGGGCAUUAUUUUAA